CACCAUCUCCUUGAUCUUCAUAUGUCCUAGUCCCACCCUUCGGUAUUGAGGAAUAUAUCAUCACUUCCUCUAAUAUUUUUGUUAACACUAGAAUCUUGAACUCUUCCUCUCUCUCACCCUCCUACUCAUCCAUAACGACAUUGUAAACUAAGGGGUCAUUUGGAUGGAACAAUUGUCAAAUGAGUCAAUUGGCCACAUUGAUCCAUUUCAAAAAUGCUUCAUUUCAUGUGUGAGGAAAUUUGUUGAAAUUGUUUCGUUUGGAUCCAGAAUUUAGGAUGAGUCAAUUUACAUUUGUCCUUUUGUGCAAAUAAUGGUUAACUACCUAAAUGCCCUCAAUUAUAUUUUAUUCAUACUUUCCUUUCCUUCCCAUAAAAACCUCUUCCUCUACUAAUGAUUUCUAUUCUUCAUCAAAGAAGCUCCCCCAUCUCUGCCAAAAAAGUAGCUCGACCAUCACUCAUUUCCAACAAUGAAGAAAGGUGAAACCAAGAAGGGAGGAGAUAGCAGCAGAGCCAAUUUCAUGGCUGACUUGGUAGAAGAAGAAGAGGUCUAUUGCGGGUGUCCAUUUGAAGCUGUGAUGAGGAUAUCCAGAACCUCCAGAAACCCUAAUCGAGCAUUCUGGGCAUGCUCGCAGUACAGAUCAAAGGCUGAACCCGGGUGUGGCUUCUUUGAUUGGUGUGAUGUCCGAGCUGUGCAAUUCAAAGAGCAAAGACUUCGGAAUGUGAUCGCCAGAUUGCAAAGUAAAGUCUGCAGCCUGGAGAAAGAGAAUGAUAGGUUGGUUCAGUUGUUGGCUGUUAGUCGACCAACAUCUGCUGCUGCUUGUGAUCAAUUUAUGAAUGUCGACAAUAGGGAGAUUGAAGUGGUGAAACAGAGAUUGACUCAAGUGGAGAGGCAACUUAGUCGAGUUUGGAUUAACUAAUUGUUGUCAUGUAUGAAUGCCUAAAUAAUGCAGCAACUCUUGUAUUGUUUAUGUUUGUAGAAUGAAAAGGCUGAAAAUGGUAUUGAAUAGGUCUGAUGUACCAAUUAUGUGUGUAAUGGAAUCUUGUUAUGAUGUAAGUGUUAUAAUUGUUGUGUUAUGAUGGAACAAAGACGAGUGUGCUUAUAACUAUUGGAUGUACAGGUCUCUUUAUAAGUCAAGAUUUUACCAUCUGCAAAAUAUAACUGAAAUAAAAUG